AUGUGUGGUACCUUGGUAUUGGGUGAUGCUCUGAUAAACCCUCCGGAUCUUCGACAAAGGCCGCUGUCGCCGCGCAGAGAUCGGCGCGAGCAGUCGCUCGAGGUGCUCUACUGGCUGGCGGUGCUCAAGGGGAAGGCGCACACGCUGGCCGAGGACACGGUCGUCAACACACCGACACCAUCCCCGCGGGCUAUCUCGUGGUCAAGGCGCAGUGGCUUCAGGCUCGAGCAACGCGAGUGCGAGGGCAAGCUUCGCUCCUACACGCUGCUCGAGGCCGAGACGCUCAUCAUCGUGAAUCACAUGAAGCUCUAUAUUGGCCUACAGACGCAUUACUCGCUCGAGGGCGUGCUGCAGUGA